AUGGCAUUAGUUGAUGCCAAUUACAAAUUUAUUUACACAGACAUAGGAUGCAAUGGGAGAAUCUCCGAUGGAGGCGUGUUUGCAAAUUGUUCACUUUCAAAUGCACUAAGCGACGGCAGACUUAAUAUACCACCACCAAGGCCACUUCCCGGUAGGACCAAAUAUGUACCCUAUGUCAUUAUAGCUGAUGAUGCUUUUUCAUUGAAGCCUUAUCUUAUGAAACCUUUUCCUUUUCGUAAUCAACCUGGUCCUAAUCGUGUUUAUAACUACAGACUGUCGAGAGCUCGGCGAGUGGUAGAAAAUGCGUUUGGUUUACUUGCAAACAGAUUUAGAAUAUUAAGGAAACCUAUAGGAUUAUGUUCUGAAAAAGUUAUAAAACUUUUAUCUGCAAUCUGCGUGUUGCAUAACUUUCUCUUGGAACGGAAUUCAAGGCAUGUGUAUGCACCACAAGGCACCUUCGACGAGGAAAUUGAUGGUGUAGUAACUCCUGGCAGUUCGAGACAAGAUCCCCCUCCUGAUAAUGUAUUGUUUUCAAAUAGACCAGUGGGAUCCAACAUGUCUAAUGAAAGUAAAGAAAUCCGUGAAGAAUAUACAGAAUAUUUUGUAUCUCCUGAAGGCGAAGUUAGCUGGCAGUACAGAUACAUAAGUGGAAAUUAA